AUGAAGUUGUGGGUGGUGCUGUUGGGAUUUCUUGUGGGCGGUUCCGUCACUCUUGGCCACGCCCCACUAGAUGAAGAGUCAGAUAGUUCAGUUCCCCAUAGAAAGGCCUUUAAUAAAGAAAAUGGACCAAAUCGACAUACGAGAAUGGGAAGGCAAAAUGAGGUGAGUCAAAUAUUGCAGCCUAUGAAAUAUUCAGAAAUAAUAGCACCACAGAUUCUUCAUAUGCCAGUAAUAGCACCACAGAUUAUUCAUAUGCCAGUAAUAGCACCACAGAUUGAUGACAGUAAUAGCACCACAGAUUCUCCAGAUGACAGUAAAAGCACCACAGAUUCUCCAUAUGAUAAUACCACAAGCGAUGUAUAUGACACUACAAGAGAUACAUUUGACAACACAAGAGGGAAGAGUACUGACAGCGCCACUCGGGUCUUGUUCGGCACGAGCACUGAAGUGGAUGAUGGCACUACCAUGGCACGUGGCUUCACAAUACCAGUGUCAGAUGUUACUACAGAGACGUUGAAUGGCCUCACUGGUUUGGAGGCUGAUUCAGUAGAUGUAGAAGAAAUUGAAGGUAAGUUUAUGAAUUCUACUUCACAUGUAACCAAAUCAUCACGUUUGACUGACGAAUUUCAGAGAAUUGAUGAUCGUCUAAGAACUGAAUCUAGUGUGAUGUCUGUAGAGAUGCCACAGCAGACUGCAGACGAGAAUACAGCGGCAUCUAAGAACUCCUUCAACCAUGUGUCUACUUGGAACUUGACUUCGCUACAUCCCUUAUUUCUGCAAUCCACCUGGCGCCCUCAGACCUCCCCACCAACCACGAUGCCCAUACCUACCAAAGAGAGGGACAUGGGGGAGACUCGGUCAUGGGCAGCUCUUGACGAAGGUUUGUAUGUAAAAACAACAACCCGGCGGCCCUUUACACCUCCUACAAGUACUUCAGUAUCCUGGCCAUUUUUUGACGUUGAGGGAGAGAGCAAGCGACCUUUAGAAAAUUCAGCUGAAACAACUGAACUUCAUGUUAUUUCACCAGCAGGUAACGACCCUGGAUGGGGUCAACAUGACGAUAAUCUGUAUGUAGAAACAGCUACGGGAAAACCACUAACGCACCCUGUCACAACCACAACAAACACCCCUGAUGAGGUUGGAAGCUGGAUUGAACUAGAAGAUGGGCUUUAUAUUCGGACAUCAACUCGACAGCCCUUCACUCGCCCCGUAAAAACAAGGGAUCCCUCUACCACUGUGUCAGACUCAGUGAUCCCAAUGUCAAUACUAACAACCACAACAGCAACAAUACCUGUCACUGCUGCUGACACAGUGAAACCAAAUGCAACGAAUGAAGAGCCAACAUCCAUGGAAAACUUAUGGGAAAAGGUAUCACAGUGGUUUAUGUUUGAGAAGAUUCCGAACAUCACAUCAACAAAAUGGACAUUUAGCCAGAACAGUGCACCAGUGAACUUACCCUCUCUACCACCUAGUGAUAAAGACACAAACACCUCUGGCUCUCUGUCUGGUGGCACUGAUUCUCUGUUCCAGCCAAUAGCUUCUGGAUCAACUGAGCAUUUAGCAUCAUCUUUCCCUAUUUCGGAUCAAGGAACAUUAGACCGGAUAAUGCAACUCACAAACAUCCUAAAUAAGAAUUUCUCUGAUGGUGGACAAUCACCAGUGCUAUCAACAAGCCAUCAUAAGCCUAUGUCUCCUGAAACCUCUAAAAAUACACCCAUACCUAUAACAUUUCACAAACAAAAAACUACACAUAAGCCCCCACCCUUUCAUGCCCCCACACCUCCUUCCAGACCAAUAAUCACCAACCAACCAAUGAUGUCAGAUUCACCUGUAACAUCGCCACCAUGGGCACUCCCCCAUAAUCUACUUAACAUGAAAACAACUGAGACAAAAUUCCAAUGGCCAUCUACAACCACAUCAGAUAUCAUAGGGCAAACCCCGUCAAACUUAAGCACAGACACUGGACAAUCAACACCUGAAACAGAAUCUCUGUUGCCAGUGGAUGAAACCCAGGUACAAAAACCCAAUUUGUCUCUGAUUCUCCAGUAUUUUGACAAACCUGUUCCAACGGAAAGAACGAAGAUAUCAUCUUCUAGCCCAGUGACUAAGAACAGAAUUUCAACAACUCCACCUUGGGAAAAUCCGAGCCAUCCACUAUACAUAAGAACUACUACUAGACGUCCAUUUCGACCUCUAACUGCUGAAAUAGCAUCUACAACCAUCCCUGGAGUGGACAAAAGAAUCACAAAUUAUGGAGGGGUUGGUAAUAUAGUUAGUCAAAAUUCAAAUGCCUUGCCCGCAGAACAAAUUCCUGGAGCAGUGACAAUAUCAUCGGAAUCAUCAAUGGAUAGCAUAAAUCCAAAUCCUUUUGCCACCACACAAAGCUCAGCAAUGAAUUCAGAGUUCAAUAACACUGCUGCAUAUAUCCCAGCAGCAUUUACAACAGUAGCAACUGAUUCUUCGUUUAAAGACAGUUAUUCAAAUCCUUACUUUGAUAUCCCCUUUAUAAAACCUUCUUUGCGAAGGCAGCCCUCCCACAUUUUAGCAGCACCAACCAACUCACCAGCAACAGUUUUGGUUCCACUUACGCCUUUUGGCCACUUGGUCAGCACUACAGCUGAUGAUGGCACAAGAGAUAAACCUUCAGGGUCCAUGGUAUCAUAUCUUAAUUCUGACUUACCCCUCAAGAUGAAAAUAACACCUUUGCCAGGCAAGCCCCAAGGAAUGAGAGAGGAAGCCACAGAACCACCACGGGCACUCCCAACACGGCAAUUAACUCAGAGCGCGUCCAAACAAGAAAGUCCUAUUAUAUUGUAUGAUUACUACAAGAAAAACACUUCUCCUUACACAGGUGUAAAACACAUACCCCUAAAUGUGAACAAUGAUUCAACCCAAGUGUCUAAGGAUGCCAACAUUCUAUCAGUAACUCCUGCAUUCAAUAGUCCCAUAAGUGAACCACAGAGUAAUAAAAAGGCUUCAGGGUCAUCAGUUCAACAAAUGACAGACAAGCUCCAAGAGAGAACCUCACCUCAGCCUCCGAUCAACUGGUCCUUGUUUCCAACUCGAGAAGCACAAAUGACAACUGUUCCUCCUCCUGAGUCAUCAACACAGGGUUUCAUGGACUCAUGGUCUUCUAAGUCUUGGUAUAGUGAUCUCUUGAAAGAAAAGAGAACACCCACUUCAGAUAUUUUAAGUCGGGAAUCAACUGAUAGCUUAACGGAUAACUUGAAUAAUGUCCACACGACCCAAAAGACAUCUACUGUUGAACCUUUGAAUGUUACAGCUUCCGUGCUCUCCUCCUCUGACUCAGUUGACCUGUAUGGCAUUGUGAAUGAGGUUCUAAGCUCCUAUAGUAUAAAAACACACAAUGUACCUUCGUUUCAAGAUAAUAGUACUAAGAAAGCUAUAUAUACUCAAAACGAUCACCCAUCGAUAAAUAAAAGUAACAAGAAAGGUAUUUCAAGCUUUGGCUCAAACAAAUAUGGAUCCCAACUUAAAAGUCCCGCAGUAGAUGAUUUUCAGUCAGCUUUUACGAGUCGACCACCACAGUAUUGGUAUCUUCAUAAGCCUCCUUCAUCUGGUUUUACAACACCAUUUCCCAGGAAUCCUUAUAAGCAGGUUACCAAGCCUAACUCAAACCAUCUGCCACCUACUUUUUAUGAUAAUACACAUGACCACUUCCCGUGGAGAGACCCCCGGCCACCAUCUUCUGCCCAAGAGCUCCUCAUGACUUUCCAGGAUAAUGAGCCUUACUGGACAGAAAACAAUGUUCAUGCUGAUCACAGGCUUCCUUUUUGGAAUCACUCAUAUUCUUCUAUUGUUCCAACUGAAACAGUUACUAGUCAGCCAGUUUCAGAGGAGCCUAGCGAGAGUUUGAAAGAGACAAUGAUUCCAGCAGAGGAAGAAUAUCAUGGAUCAGAAAAUAUGCAAGUUACUGCAGCCCAAAUAGAAAGACUUGAAAAUAUGCUGUUUGAUGCAGCUAAAAAAGUUCUUCCAAAGAAUUCUACAGACUUAGACAUCUUAGGCUAUCUUAUAGACUUAGUAAAGAAAUCACCAGUGAAGAACAAACCUGGUGAAAUCACUAUCCCUGUCAUUCCUGAAACUGCUGGAAUUUCAAUCAGACCGCAACAUAUGGGUACAGACCCUUUGCAUUUAGUGUUCCAGGGGGAGUCUACAAGUGACCCUCAGACUGAAAGCAUUUCUGUCUCUUCAUCUGUAACAUCUGCCACUGUUCACACCACUGCCAACUUUCAUGAACAAGAUCCACAGGAUUUAAGUUUUACCAUCAGUCCACAGUCUGUCCAGCUGCACAUUGUGCCUGAUGCAAUGGUGACCUUUGUACCACCACUCGAAUUAAAGGACACUCUGAUAACUAAAUUGGAUACAUUCCCUACGGUGCUACAUCAAACGGCCCCCGAUUUCCCCACUAGUCGUCCUCCAGCCCUUUCAUCAAUUCAUCCUUCCUUGGUUCCUGAGCGUCCGCAGCCAGCAUUUACAAAUUUAUAUGUAUCUGGCUCAUACCAGUAUGAUGAUACCUAUGCAGAUGUCCAGGACGAUGAUUAUGCUUAUCUAGAUUUUUUUUCUUCACUUGAGACAUGGUACCCGGCCUUGAGUUCCACCUCAGUCUCCUUCACCACAUUUGGAAUAAACCCUGGGAUAACACUAUUCACCACAUAUUUAUACCCUCAGUCUGAAGAUGUCAGUUACUCCAAGUACCCUCUGAAUGAUGAAAGCAUGUUCAGUUUUGUGAGUAAUGGGAUACAAAAUCCGACAUUCGUGCACCUGAGAACGAAAUAUCCUGGUGAGGUACUAACUCCAACAUUUCAUUCCCAGCUUCUAUCACUUGAACAAGAAAAGAGCAAUCUGAAUGUUGGGAUUCGACCUACAUUUACUACAUACAUGAAUGUGCAUAGUCAGAAUCAGGCAAAUUUCCAUCUAUAUCCUGGUCAAGAUGAUCUAGGCACUGUAAAUGAUAAGCCUAAUCAAUCUCUCCAAAGUCUACCUGCUCAUACCAAUGUCUACACCUUCUCUGCCCAAACCAGUGCUAACAAACAACCUGGAAAGACCAAUAUGAAUAUCAAACCAAGUGUAUCUGCUGUAAGUUUACGACCAGGUGCCUUCCCAGUACAGAAUAUCAAUUACAUAUCUACAUACUCUGGUACAAGACCUGAUCAUGUCAGUAUUGAUAUAAGGCCUAAUGAAGCAAACAUUAAUAUAAAACCUGAUCAUAACAUUCCUAACAUAGCAUCGUACUAUCCCGGUACACAAGCUACAUAUACCAACAUCAAUAUGCACACCGCACAACCAAAUGUUAAUAUACAUCCAAGUAAACCCCUUGAUCAAGGAACUACAGACAUGAAGUCUAGUCAAUUUAGUACAGACACGCACCCUAAUCAAGCUGGCUUUGAUACAUUACCCGAUGAAACUAGUAAUUACGUACCUGGCCAUACUGGUAUUACCACUUGGGCUAGUCAAGUAAGUCAGAGCAUACAACCUGGCCAAACUAAUAUCUUUAUGCACCCUAGUAUAUUUGGCAUUACCAUGCAACCGGGCGAAACUGAUUAUAAUUUGCAACCUGGUCAAGCGAGUAUCAGUAUACUACCUGAUCAGGUCAGUGUUAUUGUGCGACCUGACCAAGCUGGUUUCAUCGUCCGACCUGAUGAAGUAAACAUUUAUGUACGACCUGAAGAAGCAGGUAUUAACAUAACACCUGAUGAUACUGGCAUAAAUAUUCGACCUGAUCAAGCUGGCAUAAAAUAUACCUGA